GAUAUGUUAAUUUUUCUGUAUAUAAUUUUUUGUGUACAUGACGAAGAAGAAGAAGAAACUAGAGGCCUGCUAUUGCCAUUGUAUAGAGCUGAUACUUCCCUCCACCCCUCUCUUUCUCUGUCUCUCUCCCUUUCUCUCAUCAUACAAUACUCGGAAGAAGAGCGACCCGGGAAUCCAUCACUUCUUGCUUGCUUCUUCUCUGCUCUCCCCGAUAACCCAGAGGCGGCGAUGGACAACGGCAGAGACCCAACGGAGGAGGCGAGCGAUGAUUCAUCCCAGACAGUGAAGCAGGGCAUACAGGAUCGAUCCAAGAGGGUUGCCAAAACCAAGGAGAUUAUAUCGAAGCAGGCCAAUCAGACCAAGCAGAUCCUCUCCAAGCAGGCCGUUAAGAUCGCCAAGCAGGCUGAAGAGCACGAGAGAUUCAUUAACAAGAUAACUCAUUUUUUUGGUGUUCUCGGGUCUGGGGGGUUCUGCUUCCUCUUGGGAGCCAGACCGCAAGACAUUCCUUACGUAUAUUGUUUUUUCUACGUCACUUUUGUCCCCCUUCGAUGGAUAUACUACCGGUUCAAGAAGUGGCAUUACUAUCUCCUGGAUUUCUGCUACUAUGCCAACACCAUCUUCUUGGUUGAUCUUCUUCUAUACCCGAAAAAUGAAAAGCUUUUCAUGAUCUGCUUCUCUUUUGCAGAGGGGCCUUUGGCUUGGGCAUUAAUCAUUUGGCGUUGUAGCUUGGUAUUCAGCUCUGUAGAUAAAAUCAUCAGUGUCCUUAUUCAUCUUUUACCUGGGUUGGUGUUUUUCACGAUAAGAUGGUGGAAUCCUACCACCUUUGCUGCAAUGCACCCAGAGGGAACGGCCAAGAGAGUUUCUUGGCCUUAUGUAGAGGACAAGUCGUAUCUCUGGACUUGGCUGUUUUUGGUUCCCUUAUUCGUUUACACACUCUGGCAGAUCCUCUAUUUUCUCAUAGUCAAUGUCCUGCGUCGACAGAGGCUGUUGAGAGAUCCUGAAGUAAUGACUUCUUACAGGGAACUCUCCAAGAAAGCGCAAAAAGCCAAUAACAUAUGGUGGCGACUGAGCGGCAUACUUGGGGACCAAAAUCGAAUGCUCAUGUUCAUCGUCCUCCAGGCGAUAUUCUCUGUGGCUACCAUGGCGCUCACAGUCCCAAUCUUCUUGUCGUACAGACUAUCGGUCGUUUUUCAGAUACUCAAAGUGUCUGCAACUGUGUGGAAUGGUGCAAGCUUCCUCCUAGAUGUGAUGCCGAGGCAGGUCAUCCUCAAAGAGAAGCUCAAGUCUGAAAGGGGCACAGCAGCAGCCCAGCCCCAGCAGGACCAGCCCACAGAGAGCGAUAGCCCGACCAAGGUAGAGAAUUCGUCUGAGGGGGAUGAGUCAUAGCGCAGUUGUUACUCAAAUUUCAACACUAUUCAAUUGAUUGGUGUAUUACUGAUUGCUUGCUUUCAUGGUUAGUUUUACGAUUUUACGAAAUCAGUGGUGUUCAUUUGUUUAAUUGGGAAAUGUGUACAAGUUUAGAUUUGUUUUGCUUAUCAUAGACUUGUAUGACCUUGUUUGCUUUUUUGCUAACACCCUGGAGGUAAUUCGGAUCGAAGACUGGGACUUGUAGUACAGGCAACAGUUUUACAGCAAAUGUGGUUGGUGCGAUACAUCAUAUAUGCCAAAAAUUGAUGCAUGAUCUUA